UUCGCAUCCUCUAGCUAUAUAAACCGCAUGUAACAAAUGCUUCUCCAUCAAAUAUCUCAUCUCAUUAAUCACCCACAACAAUGGCCAAGCUCAAAAGCCUCCUAGCUCUUUUCACUCUCUUUACAAUCUUAGUAGCUUGCAGUGCAAGAAAGACUCCUUCAACUACUCCCCGAACCUCAACGAUAAUCGCCAAAAAAACUUUCGGCAAUUUCAGUGGCCACGUGUGCGAUGCCGAAAGGUAUUCGCAACUCGGAAUGGAGAUAAAAGAUUUUGCAUUCUGUGAUUCGUCGCUUUCGUAUCAAGUGAGGGUUAAGGACUUGAUUGAUCGAAUGACGCUUGAGGAGAAGGUGAGGCAACUUGGAGACACGGCUUAUGGAGUUCCGAGAUUAGGGUUGCCGUUGUAUGAGUGGUGGUCAGAGGCUUUGCAUGGAGUGGCAGAUGUGGGACAGGAAGGCUCGAAAGCUACUUAUUUUGAUGAUAUUGUGCCGGGAGCUACGAGUUUUCCAAAUGUCAUUAAUACUGUUGCUUCGUUUAAUGAGACCCUCUGGAAAGCCAUUGGAGAGGUGGUGUCGAAUGAGGCGAGGGCAAUGUACAAUCUAGGACAUGCAGGACUGACAUUCUGGAGUCCGAAUAUUAAUGUUGUACGCGAUCCCAGAUGGGGACGGACUCUAGAAACACCGGGGGAAGACCCUUAUGUGGUGGGAGUUUAUGCUUAUUCAUAUGUUAGAGGUUUGCAGGACAUUGAAGGAACCGAAAAUAUCACUGAUUUGAACACUAGGCCUCUGAAGGUUGGUGCUUGUUGUAAGCACUAUGCAGCUUAUGAUCUUGAUAUGUGGCUUGGAGCUAAUCGGAGAACCUUUGAUGCUAGGGUGCAUCAACAAGAUAUGGUUGAAACAUUCCAAAGACCAUUUGAAAUGUGUGUAAAAGAAGGUGAUGUUGCUAGUGUCAUGUGCUCAUUCAAUGAAAUUGACGGAAUUCCUGCUUGUGCUGAUCGGAAUCUGCUAACCGAUACUUUUAGAGGGGAGUGGAAUCUUCAUGGGUACAUUGUCUCGGAUUGUGAUUCAGUCAAGGUGAUGUUUAAGAAUGAACAAUGGCUUCAUGAUACUCCAGAGGAGGCUGUUUCACAAGCACUAAAUGCAGGUUUAGAUUUGGAUUGUGGAUUCUACUACAAGAAUUAUACGGGGAAUGCAGUUCUUCAGGGGAAGGUCAGGGAAAGCACGAUAGACAAUGCACUGACAAAUUUAUACACCGUGCUUAUGAGACUCGGAUGGUUUGAUGGAAACAAGAAACUGGAGGCCCUGGGAAAGAGUGAUAUUUGUAGUAAAGAAAAUAUUGAACUGGCAACCGAUGCAGCUAGGCAAGGGAUCGUACUUUUGAAGAAUGCUAACAAUAGUUUGCCCUUGAAUCCUGAUAAGCACAAGACCAUUGCAGUGGUUGGUCCUCAUGCUAAUGCCACUGAAAUCAUGAUUGGAAAUUAUGCAGGCAAUCCGUGUAAAUACACAUCUCCAAUUAAUGGUCUAUCAAAUUACGCGAAAGUUGAAUUCCAUAGGGGGUGUGGAGAUGUUGCUUGCAAGAACGAAAGCAUGAUUUAUCAGACUAUGGAAGCAGCCAAAAAUGCAGAUGCUACAAUAGUUCUUGUCGGUCUGGCCUUAGAGUUUGAAAGAGAGGAGCAUGACAGAACAGACCUUCUUCUCCCCGGAUACCAGCACCAGUUAAUUGAACAAGUUUCAAAGCUGUCUAAAGGUCCAACUAUUGUUGUAGUCAUGUCUGGUGGCGUUGUUGAUCUGUCACACGCGAAGCAUAGCAACGACACUCAAGCAAUCAUCUGGGCUGGUUAUCCCGGUCAAGAGGGUGGUCAAGCCAUUGCUGAUGUAAUCUUUGGAAAGCACAAUCCUGGUGGAAGAUUACCACUUACAUGGUACCCAGCUAAUUACACAGACAUGUUGCCAAUGACAUCGAUGCAAUUAAGGCCAGACGAUGCUCUAGGUUUUCCGGGCAGGACUUACAAGUUCUACAAUGGCUCAACAGUGUUCCCAUUCGGACACGGUCUGAGCUACACUAAAUUUGCCUACAACCUGAAAAAAGCAUCUCGAAAAGUUGAUAUUAAGCUGAACAAAUUCCAACACUGUCGAGACCUGAACUACACUGCUGGUAUGUUUAAGCCCUCAUGUCCUGCAGUUAAAGUGGAAGAUAUGCACUGUGAUGAGCACAUUGAGUUUGAAGUGGAGAUUCAAAACAAAGGAAAAAUGGAUGGGACUGAGACUGUUAUAGUUUAUUCAGUACCACCUGAAAACAUCGAGGGAGUUCAUAUCAAACAGGUUGUUGCUUUCAAGUCAGUCUUUAUUCGUGCCAAAGAAACCGCGACAGUCAAAUUUGUUCUGAAUGUUUGCCAGAGUUUCUUCGUUGUGAACUACAAUGCCUACAAACUGUUACCAUCCGGAGGGCACACGGUGAUGAUCGGAGAUAAAGUAUUGUCGUUCCCUGUUCAGAUCAAAAUUAAGGAUCAUUAGGUGAUUAGUCCAAGGUCUGCUAGUCUUCUGCUAGGCAUUAGGAAUUAGUGUUUAGAAUAAAUAUUCUAGUAGGUAGUUCAGUAGGGGGAUCAAGUAUAGUUUGUUUUGGUUUUGAUAUUCAAAGUUGUCAUUUUAAAUA